GACAGUGCACGGUGAUUCGGCCUAACCCAGUCAGCAAUGAUACACAGGCACGGGAAUAACCCGAGAGCGGUAACAAAUGGCUACGUUAAUGGAGAGAUUAGCUUUCUUGCAAAAAAUCCCGACUCUUAUGAAGGCGACUGCAGAUGACGAAGCGCCUUGUCCUGGAUAUCUCUUCGAGGAAAUUAGCAAAAUUUCCCAUGAGUCACUGGGCUGCUGCCAGUGUCUUCUGGAAUACCUUCUGGAGCGGCUGCAGGUUGAAUCCUGUCAUGUGAAGCUGAAGGUUUUGAAGAUCCUGCUGCAUCUCUGUAGCCACAGUCCUCCACAUUUUGUUACAGAGCUGAGGCGAAACGCCACGUUCAUCCAAGAAGUAACAGUGUACAGUGGUCCUCCAGACGCUAUUCAUGGCAAUGCACUCUUUCAGAAAGUCCGGGUCUCAGCACAGGAAUUGGCCAGUGUGCUCUUCAGUGACAUGAUGUUCACGGGGUCUGGUGUCUCUCCCUGUAAAGCAGCAGCUCCAACUACAGGAAUGGGAUCCGAGUGUCUCCGAUCAGGAAUGCUGGGAUUUGGAAAUAGCCCAGCGAGGAAAUCAUCCAGUACAGCAGGUAUUCUGGAUAAGAUUCAGAAGGCUGCAGAGGUGGUGGCCAGCGCUGUUCUUCCCCCCACGGAGCAUGCUGGUAUCCGACUCCAUGAUAAUCACUACCGGGCUGUAGUGGCGCCUUCUGCUGUUGUGGAGGUUGCAGUGCCCGCCUGUGCUUACAGUGUCCCUUCACACAGCCGCAAAGCCUCUCACAGGUGCCCGGGGCAGGCGAGUGGAGGUUGGGAGGAAACGGGCAGUGGCCACAGCUCCUCACACAACUCCUCUUUCGAGAAUGAGCCAAUCAUUCACACAUCACUGAGGGAAAGCAGUCAGUCAGGACACACGGGCAGCCACUCGGGGGCGAGCCGAGAGAGCAGAGACAGCGUAUCAGAACGCGUGGAGGCUGUUCAGUUGGGAGACUGUGGUCAGGAAAUGGCGCUGAUCAGUAGACUGACAAAUGGAUCUAAAAUCUUCCUGUCCAGAGAUGAGAGCCAAUGCUUCAUCAAGGAGUGUUCUACUUUAAACUGUGAAGUUGUGGUAGAACUUCUCUGUCACAAACUCCAGGAUUCCUCACAAACCACCCAAAUGAGGGCUCUGUGUGGUCUGGCAUGCCUGAUGUGCACAGAUCUGCUCUCUUUAGAGCAGAUCUUCAGUGUUACACAUGUACGCCUCGCCCAGUUGAGUAAGGGGACAGCAGGACCUGUAACAAACAAGGCAACCAAGCUUCUUCGGCAGUUUGAAGCUCUGUUGGGUAAUUCCUUGGAAUCAUCCACUACUUCACGGUCAGAUCAACCCUCAAAUCCAACUCUCACUAGUCCUCUCGUCUCCGCACCGCCAGAUGCUUCUGUAAAGAAACCAUCUAGAAAUGACUCCCAGGCUCCCUCUGCUGGACAAGAAGACCAGGAGGAAUUUUGUACUGAUUCUGUCGAGGAGAGCCAACAGAAAGAGCAGAGUGUUUUGGGAAAUGACAACAGAACCACAGACUUUUAUGAGAGCUCAAAGCCGUCUGUUAAUCAUCCCAGACUGUCACUGUUUAGUGGCAUGGAGCUGAUAAACAGAGGGAAACCAGUGUGUCUGGUUGAGCCUGUUCUUGUAGAGCCAGAUACCCAGACCAGUGCAGAAGCCUUCAACAACAUCGACAUGGUUGUGGAGAAGAACUCAGAAACAACAGCAGAGCCUUCUUCAUCCUCUAGUAGUGAACAUACAUCUGCCUUCUCUUUCCUCAACCUCUAACCUGGUGUUUAGAUUUUUUUUUUUCUAUUGUAGAUUGCAAUAUUUUUGAUAGAAUCAGUGGUCCUAUGAGAAAAUAUGCCUAGAAUGGAAUAAUAUGGGUAUAGUGCUCCGAGAUGAUGCUAAAACUGCGGUCUGCGCGGCCAUCUUGGAAGUCACUCGCUCCAGAGCGCACAUAGAGUACACAUUCACCGAUUCGUUUCCGCGUUAGAGGGCUUAGAAGCUUGGUUUUUUUAAGAAUUUAGACAUCUGAAGUGAUGGAGCACUACUGUGAAAGUUUGGAUAAGCAGGCACGGGAGCGUUAUGCUGAGAAGGUACGUUUCAUUGGGAAUGUAGAUCCAUACACUGUUAGUGAGAAGGAAUGGAAAGCUGACCCCAGCUUGUUGCCGCAUGCGACAUACAUCGAUCUUGUGAACUAUCUAGUGUUUCACCCAAGUCCAUUUUGUGAACUAAAGCAUGUGUACAUAAACAUUACUAGGCCUAGAUCUUAAAUGCCAUUUGAUGCAACAAUGCACUGCAGUAGACAUAAGCUACCUAAUGUGACAAAUAUAUCCAUUAAUCAUUGCUGAAAGUACAUAGAAAAGAUAAUAGUUUGUAUCACAUUUAUUUUAGUAACUAUGAAAUUCAAGACAAUAUUAACCUACCUGUCACAAACUCUACGUUCACACUGCAAGGCUUAAUGCUCAAUUCCGAUUUUUUUGUGAAAUCCGAUUUUUUUUUUUUUUGUGAGGUCGUUCACAUUAACAAAUAUAUGCGACUUGUAUGUGAUCCUCAGUAUGAACGAAAAGCGACCUAAAAGAGUUCCACAUGCGCAUUGCAGGAUAUGACGACGUCACACGCAGUGAGCAUGGCCAGUGUUUACGGAAGUAAAACCGCCCGGUUGCGGUAUGACCCAUCCAAUCUAGCUUGAAUAGCUGCAUCCCCCCAAAUGGAAAUCAGCUCCCUAACCUCUGCAUCCUUCCAUUGAGAAGAUUCAGAACCUUCACAGCCCGAAGCGUCCCUCGCAUUGAUGUCAUGCGCCAUGUUGUUGUAACUUUUUUUGAGAGACCCGCCGCCUACUUCAGCGCAGAAUAGUGACGUUUGUGGCUUGUUGAUGACGUGUAAGUCGGAUGAAUGCGACCUGGCGGUUCAGACUGAAGUCGCAUAUGAAAAGAGCGGAUAGGAAUCGGAAUUAGGACCACAUAUCCAAACGACCUGGGUCGGAUUUGAAAAAAUCGGAUCUGUGUCGUUCAUAUUGUCAAUAAAAGAUCGGAUACAGGUCACAUAUGGGCGAAAAGAUCGGAUUUGAGUCACUUCAGCCUGCAGUGUGAACGUAGCCAAAGUGAUCAGAACAAAUCCGGAUACACUCAAGUUGUCCUAAAUUUGAUCGGUUGAUGGCAGCCAGCCACUGUCGUCUCCUCCGCUCGCUUUUCUCCUGUGCUGCAAUUCCCUGGUUAGUCACGACUUUAGGGAGUCUGUGGAAGCUUUUGCCACCCUUUUCCCCCCGGCUACUACAGCCAACAAUGACACACGUAUUCGGCAUUGUCACCCCUUUUUGCUUCGCUGAACAACAACAAUGCACUGACACAGCGACCUUUGACUUCCAAUAUGGCCGCCGCUGGGUUUGCGCUGACCUUGAAGCACUCUAUAAGCUCUCUCCAGAUGCAUGAAGGUACGAAAAUGCCAUGAACAAAUCACCCAGUCUUAUACUUGACAAGUAACUAUCUAUAUUUAAGAUUAAAAGCGAUAUCCACUCAAGGGCAGAUCAUAGAUUUGACUUGAGUAAUCGUAUAAAGUUGCCUUCUUGGGUAUGCUUAGUUAAAGUCAAGUGUGGCAUUAAUAUUUAUGUAAUAUUUAUACAUGUUCACAUGCUGCUAGUGGGUCCUAUAUAUUCAUGGACGGACUGGGAAGAAGGUUGCUGACAAACCGUGUGUAAUAGCAGGUGAGCUGCAGGCAGUUAGAAUAGGGGUGUAACGAUACAGCGUAUAAUAAUGUAGACUGUCCAAAAAAUACUGCUUAUCAUGGGAGGAGUAAUUGAAAGAAAGAAGCCUUUGUCAUAUAUUGCAGUACCAGGCAGAAGUUUGGAAACUCAUUUGUAAUAAGUAUGUCCAAACUUUGGACUGGUACUGUACAUUAGACCACAGUGGUGUUUUUUUUUUUUUUUUUUUAAAUAUAGAAUAGAAAUCUUGUUAGGAAGCUGGGCUCUGAGCACAGGGUAAGUCAUGAUACCACAUGCUCUGAAGCAGAGAGUUAAAGGUAAUCUGUGGUUGGUAGAAGAGAGCAACUGGACUUGCUUGAAAAAUCUUGAAGACGUUUCGCCUCUCAUCUGAAAGGCAUCCUCAGUUCUGUCUGACUAAUAGGGAGUAUCAAGUAUUUAUCCUCUCAUGAAUCAUCAUAGAAUCCGAAUGCUGAUGGCUGCAUUGUAGGUGGCUGAUAAAAGAUGUCAUAGACACCCACCUCUGUUCAGUGAUGGUCAUUCCAGGUUGACAAAAAUGAACGAUCCUGUCUAGCUAAGAUGUCUGCCAGUUUUCUGCAAGUCCUCAUACUCCCACACCAGUCGAAGGGAUCUCAUCCCAAAGUGUGUAGAAACAUAUCUGUGAAGAUACUCAGUCAUCCAGGUACAUAGUAAUCUGUGGUUGGUAGAAGAGAGCAACUGGACUUGCUUGAAAAAUCUUGAAGACGUUUCGCCUCUCAUCUGAAAGGCAUCCUCAGUUCUGUCUGACUAAUAGGGAGUAUCAAGUAUUUAUCCUCUCAUGAAUCAUCACAGCUAUAGAGAGUUAAAGGCUGCUCAAGGGCCCAACAGGGGAAGCUUGGCAGUGCUGGGGCUUGAACCCCUAACCUACUGAUCAGGAACUCAGGCCUUUAACUGUGCUCCCAUUACCCACGUUUAAACUUAAUCAAACCCACACUACCUCCUCUGAAAAAGAAACUUCCUCUUUAGUUUGAACCAGAUGCUCCAGGGUUUAAAAAAAAAAAAAAUCUCUCGGAAGCAAGCGGUUUUUCACAAGCUAAUAUACUAGCAUAUGAAGCUUUAAUGAUCAAUUCAAUCUGGACUGAAGAAAUCAGUGGGAAGUUAAUAGCUAUAGGUAUGAGCCCCUACGCACUAGAGUGAAGAACACUGGAUGCAAAAACACACGUGAGCUACAGAGAGCAACAAUUUGACAACACGACUUGCUAACAGAAGAAUUUGAAAUUUUUAAAAAGGGGGGGGGGACCAUCCUGUGCUUCAGACCCCCUGGCGUCACUUCACUGAAAACUUGACAAGUGUUAGUUUGCUUAGCCUUGCUUAAUUCUGAUUAUAUGGUUCACACCAACGGUCACUAAGGUUUUCUACACUUUGCAAUGUGUGAACGUUUGAAUCAAUUGAAAACGGAAACAUCAUGCUCGUUUUUGCAGUGCUGAAAAGGUCAUGAACCAAGACACCAUUGUAUCAAAUUGGAGUUCUGUGUAUUGUUACACUCCUACUAAAUAUUUAAUAGGUUUGCCUGAGAAAAUGGCUAACCAGUGUCAGUAUUCUGUAUUUAAGUUGUUGAGGGUAGCUGGGUUCCAGGUUCGAUCCUGAACUCGGGUUACUGGGUGGAGUUUCACAUGUUCUUGCUAGGUCUGUGUAGGUUUACUCAAGGUUCUCCGUUUUCCUCCCACCUACCCCCCAAAAAAACAACCACCCCAACCCAUGCCACUAGGUUGCCUGGCUAAAGAUGAACUGGGGUGUGUGUGAGACCUUGCUACGUGCUGAGAUCCCAGGCUAGGCUUUGGAUCCACUGUGCCCCUGCCCAGGAUAAGUAGUUACUGAAAGAGUGAGAGAAUCCUCUAAGACCAGAUGCUUCACAAUUCUCAACAUCUACUCUCUGUAUAUUGAGCAUAAAUUGCUGUUGAGAGAAAACUGAUGGAUGUACCUCAGGAUUGAUUUCCUCCAGUGUUUACCUUGCCUGACACACAUUGUGUUUCUUGACAAGUAAUUUAAUGAUCAUUUUGUUUUGCACUAUGGGGUUAUUCCUCAAAGCUAUUUCAGUCUUCCUAGAACUUAAAACCUUUUUAAAAAAUGAUCACAAAACAGAAGCAUUAACAGGCAAAAUAAUUUUGGUGUAUGUCCAUUUCACUAAUGAAAUCGGCUGGUUUUGCAAAUUAUGCUGUGUGUGUGUGUGUGUGUGAGAGAGAUAUCUGCAAUUAAACAUCAGAAAAUAGUGUUAAUCACAUCUUCAAUUAUAGACACCUAUACAAUAAAGUUAUUUAAAAACCUUUA